UCGAAAAAUCACCUCUGUUUCAUCUCCUUAUUUCGUUCCCCUUCUUGCUCCUCCUCCUCCAUCCGCCCCCAUUGUGCCCUAAACCCUAGCAGAUUGGUAGCACCUCCAGAGCAAUCACCCAUCAAUCCGUGCUGGCGAGGGCGGAGGAGAGUUUCUUGAAGCAAGGCGGAGGAGAGUUUUCAACUCCCCAUUUCCCGGAGUAGCUCUACCAUGUCGGCCGCCGCCGGCAAGCCGUCCCGAUCCGCCUCCGCCAUCAUUGCCUCCACCGCGAGCGGGUACCACCUCCUCAAGAUCGAUGGCUACUCCCGCACCAAGGGCGUCCCCUCCGGAGAGAAGAUAAAGUCCCGCCCUUUCACCCUCGGAGGACAUCGAUGGCACAUCGAUUACCAUCCCAACGGCCAGAAACCAGAGUACGCAGACUACAUAUCCCUUUUCCUUGUUCUUGAUGACAAUGUCACCUCGGCGGUGAAGGCGCAACACAAAUUCGGUUUUGCGGAUGAGGUAACGAACCAAGCUCCUUCACUGGUAUCAACAACAGUCAACAGCUACAGUUCUCAGAAGGGCUGGGGAAACGCGACAUUCAUCAGGAGGGCAGACCUGGAGAAGUCAGAGCAUCUCAAGGAUGAUUCCUUCACCAUCAGGUGCGAUAUCGUUGUCAUCAGCGACUACCGCGCAGAGGAUUUGCCGGAAGACACCCCUGCGACAUUUGUCUCUGUCGCCCCAUCUGACCUGCACCAGCACCUUGGCGAUCUCCUCAAGACCGAGAAGGGCGCCGACGUGGUUUUUGAGGUUGGUGGUCAUACGUUCGCAGCGCACCGCUGUGUGCUCGCUGCCCGAUCGCCGGUCUUCAGUGCGGAGCUCUUUGGUGGUAUGAAGGAGGGCGACACCGCAGGUGUGGUGCGCAUAGAUGAAAUGGAGGCAGAUGUGUUCAAGGCGUUGCUCUGUUUUGCGUAUACCGACUCCUUACUGGUGACAGAAAACGAAGAUGAAGAUGAAGAUGUCAUAUGCCAGCAUCUGCUCGUUGCAGCCGACAGGUAUAACAUGGAGAGGCUGAAGAGUAUCUGCGAGGAAAAACUAUGCAAGUACAUCAACGCAGGCACAAUAACGACCAUCCUGACGUUAGCUGAGCAGCACCACUGUGAGGGCCUAAAGAAGGCAUGCUUAAAUUUUCUUCGCUCCCCGGCAAAUCUUAGGGCUUUGUUGGACAGCGAUGGCUUCGAUCAUCUCAGCAGGAGCUGCCCUUCUGUUAUUAAGAAUCUGAUCGCCAUGUCGUCCCUGGUUUAGUGGUUAUUGUUUCUUUAGCAAUUAUAUAGUUCCAGGGAUUGAAAUGGUUUUCUUGUCCUAGCAAUGGUGCUUAGCUCCCUGGUUUGGUUUGAAGACUUAUUAUCCGCAGCUAUCUUAGAUUCCUAGUACUAUCAGACUACCUAUCCUAACUUUCGAAGAAGAUGGAAACUAGUAUUAUGGCACUGUCACUUUGUUUC